AUGAAUACAAAGUUAGGUUUACUGUACAUUUUUAUAUCUUGUUUUGUAUCAAUUUAUGGUCAUGGUUAUCUAUCAGAUCCAGUAGCUCGUAGUUCAGCUUGGCUUGUUGAUCAAUCGUUUAAACAAUGUUGUACUUAUAAUAAUCAUAUGGAAAUGUUUUGUGGUGGUACUCAACAUCAAUGGAAUGUUCAUGGAGGUAAAUGUAGUAUCUGCGGUGAACCAUACGAUAGACCAGUUAAAUUAUUUGAAAAAGGUGGAGCUAUGUAUACAGGUAAAAUUGUCAAGACAUAUACUCAAGGACAACAAAUCGAUGUAACCGUAGUAUUAACAGCUAAUCAUAAAGGUUAUUUUGAAUUUCGUUUAUGUAAUUUGGAUAAUAAUCCAAAUUCUGAUGCAACACAAGAAUGUCUUGAUCGUCGUCUAUUGAAAAUUGCUGGUACAGAUUCAACUAGAUUUCGUGAUGUUGAUAAAUAUGGUUCACAAGCAAUUACUGUUCGUGUUCAGCUUCCAUCGGAUGUUGCCUGUCGACAUUGUGUUUUUCAAUGGAAAUAUACAACAGGAAAUAGUUGGGGUACAGAUCCUGUAACUGGUCAAUCAGGUCUUGGAAUGGGUAUUGAAAAUGAAACAUUCAUGGGUUGUUCAGAUAUUUCGAUUGUUGAUAAUGGUUCACCUACUCAAACAAUACCUCCUAUAAUUGUAUCAACAGGGUAA